ACAGUAAUCGAGACGAAACUCUACCUCCCAGAAACACUGCCGCUCUGUUCCCUCAGGACUUCAUUUCCACACCGAACAAGACAGAUAAAUGUCAGAUUUGUUACAUUAGUAGGAGAUAGUCACUGUUACGUUCAGUUUGUAGAGGAAAGGAGUUUUCCGUUUUACGUGACGCUUAUUCGGAGCAAGGCGUUAAAGUGCACCGGGGCUCUGCAAUGGAUAUUGCUGCUUGUUCGGCUAUUAGUAGCUAGCUUAGUUCCUAAGUUAACGCUAGCUAACAAGAUGGAAGCUAGUUCUCUUGCCAGCCUUCAUAUAUGGAAAACCCUCACUAAUUGAAGCUAAUUCGAUAUUAUUAGAUGACUCUACUAGCAUCAGAUGUUCUACUAUAAUCCUGUCUGUUAGCUAGAAGCUGUUCUGUCAGAGGAACUCGGAAGAACGAUGGAAGAAGUUGACAACAUUUUGAUUCACGCCCUCAGACAAGUCGGCACAGAGGUGGGCGAGGAAAUUGAUAGCGUGAAACAAUUUAGCAGUGAGCUGAUAGUGGAGGCAGUGGUCAGAUGUGUCCGGGUGAUCGAGCCCAGCCUGGGCAGUGUGCUGCCCACCUCCCUUCCUCCAGGCAUGUCUGCGCGCUUCAGAGUGGGCAUGAGCCUGGCACAGGCCUGUCAGGACAUUGGUUAUAAAGGAGAGAUUGGCUACCAGACGUUCCUGUACAGCCACGAGCCAGAGAUCCGCUCCCUGCUCAUGUUCCUGGUGGAAAAGCUGCCAAGAGAACAUGCAGAGGCCUCAGACCAGCCAACAGGUAAAUCGGUGGUUCUCCAGAGAGCCAUCGCUGCUGCUAUCAAAGCCCAGCUGGCUGUGACCUGGCUGCCCUCAAACUGCAGACUGCCACUGCAUGGUGAAACACAAAGUCCAACAUCAUUGCAGUGCUUCCAUGUGCAGCCUCUCAGUUUACCCCAGUGUAUUCAAGGCCUGGGAAAGAAGCAGCUGAAGGACGUGAAGGACUACCAGCGGGACAUCCUUCCUCCUGUGACUGCGCAGCCUUCCCAUCAUGCCUCUGUGGUAGCGUCCAUACUGGAGCAGCACACAGCUGAACUGAGUGCUGCUCAGGAGUGGGACAACGAGUGGAACAGUCAGGGACUUCUGUCGCGCCUCACACCACAGGAGUAUUGCUGCAGGAAACAGACUCGGCUGCACAAACGUAUCGUGGAGCAACUACGCUCUGCUGUGCAGCCCUCUGCUGAAAGUGCCUUUGGCGGUCCUUCCUCCACCUCUGACUUGUCAGAGCUACUGCAGGCCUUCAGAUGCACUGCCCCCUCUGACCACAUUCUGACCAAGGGCACCCAUUUCACCCACACCCAGAAGUUCACCUUCACACAGGAGGCGGCAGCAGUGACCAGCUCCACACCCAGCGUACAUCAGUCAGAGAGUGAUAUCCAGCUCCGUCAGCAGGAGGAGCUGACAUCAGUCCAGCAGCAGUUCCAGCAGCUCUGCAGUGAUGUUGACCAGCUGGCAGCAGACAUGAAGCACAUGUGUGUCACUCAUACACAGGUGUUGGAUGAGCUGAAGCAGAGAGAGCUGGGAAACUCUGAAAAAGAGGAGAGGAUGCAGGUGAAAAAGAAAACAAUCAACCUUUUGCCAGACGCAGACAACAACCUGCUGAAGCUUCAGGCUCUGGUGGAGUCCAGUGCCAAACGGGUGGUAAACCUGGCCUCUCAGUGGGAAAAACACCGCGCUCCACUCAUUGACGAGCACCGCAGACUCAAAGAAAUCUGCAGCAACCAAGAGCUGGAGUCAUCCAGAAAGCUGUCUGAAAUCAAGUCUUUACAUGACAAAAUCCGCGUGUCUACAGAGGAGGCGAAGAAGAAGGAAGACGUCUACAAACAACUGGUGACAGAGUUAGAAAAUCUUCCUCAAGAUGCGUCUCGGUCAGCAUACACACAGAGGAUUCUGGAGAUCGUCAGCAACAUCAAAAAACAGAAGGAGGAGAUUACAAAGAUUUUGUCCGACACUAAGGAGCUCCAGAAAGAGAUCAACAGCCUGACGGGAAAGCUGGACAGGACGUUUGCUGUUACUGAUGAGCUGGUCUUUAAGGAUGCCAAAAAAGAUGAAUCUGUCCGCAAAUCCUAUAAGUACCUCGCUGCCCUGCAUGAGAACUGCAAUCAGCUGAUCCAAACCAUCGAGGACACUGGUACGAUUUUGAGAGAGAUUCGAGAUCUAGAGGAGCAGAUCGAGACAGAGAACGGUAACAAAACGGUGGCUAACCUGGAGAGGAUCCUGGACGACUACAGAGCUAUUCGACAGGAGAACUCUGCGCUUGCUGCCAAAGUGAGAGAAGGCUGAAGGAGGCGCUGCUCUGCUCCACUCUGCCUGCUGAGGCUGAAGCUGUGGGACAAACCUGGAGCUGAAGAUGGGAGCAGAACUCCAGAUUUGUCACCGAAGACACUGUUGUUCAUUAACACCGCCCUCCGUUGCCAUUGGAGACCUGCUUUUCUUCAGAAAGCAAGCAGAUUUUUGUACUGUGGAACUAACCUGACAUUUUAAUGCACAACCUGUGGAUGGAUGAAGAUGAGAAUUAUUUUUUGAUUUCAAACUGAUUUCUACAACCAAAUGUGCUCUCUGAGAGUCCGUGCACUGGUUUGAUUGCUCUGUGCCCAAAUGAAACAUGAUACUGGACAGCAGAAGGUGAUGUCAGCGCUUCUCUCAUCUAAUGUAAACUCAUUGACACUGAUCCAUGACAUAUUUUCAUGAUAUCUCAAAUCUGACUCUUUUUCAAUUUUGAUUACAGGAAUCAUUCUGCCAUUUUCAGACAUUAGCAGUUUGGUGUCUGAUUUAUUUUGAAUUGUACAUGUUGAGUGAAUGGCAUAUGAAUGUUGUCAAGCCCCAUCAGCAAAGUAUUGUUGUAUAUAUGGUACCAGCUUAAAUAAAGAUGCCUUACAGACUUGAGAAACAGCUGUUAUUGUAAUUCUCAGUGAUGAUGAGUGUGGACCUACAGUGAUGUAAAUGAUCUGCGUCCCAACACAGUGGUGCUCAGCUGCACUUGUAAUAUACUCCAGUGUUCUUGAUCGUGCUUAACAAUUAUUGAUCCAUGGUUUGCAACCGACACUAA